AUGUACAGGUCUUUUGAUUACAACAUUGCGGGUCAGAUUAAUCACCCAACUUCAAUACACUCCAUCUCAGGUCCAGAAUUUCGCAAGAUGUGCCAUCUCAUUCUCAGAGAUGCAUUGAACUUUGCAUUCAAGGAUUACUUCAAGCGGAUGUUUAACUUUAAAGACAGAGAUGGAUACUGGAAGUGGUUUGCGAGCAAUCUUGGCUCAGGUGGUGCUGCAGGUGCUUGUUCAUUCUUGUUUGUGUACUCUUUGGACUAUGCUGGAACGCGCCUUGCGAAUGAUGCCAAGGCAGCCAAGAAAGGUGGAGAGCGACAAUUCAAUGGUCUUAUCGAUGUUUACCGGAAGACCUUGCAAUCCGAUGGCAUUGUUGGAGUGUACAGAGGAUUUAACAUUUCAUGA